CACGCAGCCUCAGCCCCUUCCCCGCCCUUUCUCUUCCCGGUUUCCCUCUCAGACUGCGGGUACCUUCUGGUGGCUGCUUCCGGUAGGAACGCGGUGCAAGGCGAGCUGGUUUCAGUUCCUCGUCAUGUCCUACGGUCCCUUAGACAUGUACCGAAACCCGGGGCCCUCGGGGCCCCAGCUCCGGGACUUCAACAGCAUCAUCCAGACAUGCAGCGGCAACAUCCAGCGGAUCAGUCAAGCCACUGCUCAGAUAAAGAAUUUGAUGAGCCAACUAGGAACUAAGCAGGACUCAAGCAAGCUACAGGAAAAUCUGCAGCAGUUGCAGCACUCCACAAAUCAGCUUGCCAAGGAAACAAAUGAAUUGCUGAAGGAAUUAGGGUCCUUACCCCUUCCCUUAUCUACAUCAGAACAGCGCCAGCAGAAACUUCAGAAAGAACGCCUCAUGAAUGACUUCUCUGCAGCCUUAAAUAAUUUCCAGGCUGUUCAGAGAAGGGUAUCUGAAAAGGAAAAGGAGAGUAUUGCCAGAGCAAGAGCUGGAUCUCGUCUUUCUGCAGAAGAGAGACAAAGAGAGGAGCAGCUUGUUUCAUUUGACAGCCAUGAAGAGUGGAACCAGAUGCAGAGCCAGGAGGAUGAGGCAGCCAUCACUGAGCAGGAUCUGGAACUCAUUAAAGAGAGGGAAACGGCUAUUCGGCAGCUGGAGGCUGACAUUUUGGAUGUCAAUCAGAUAUUUAAAGAUUUGGCCAUGAUGAUCCAUGACCAAGGUGAUCUGAUUGAUAGCAUAGAAGCCAAUGUGGAAAGCUCAGAGGUGCAUGUUGAAAGAGCCACUGAUCAGUUACAGCGAGCUGCUUACUAUCAGAAAAAAUCUCGCAAGAAGAUGUGUAUCCUGGUACUUGUCCUGUCAGUGAUUAUUGGAGUCUUGAUAGUUAUUAUCUGGGCAGGUAAACCCCCACCUGGUUUACAUCUGGAUGUAGUCAAAGGAGACAAACUAAUUGAGAAACUCAUUAUUGAUGAGAAGAAGUAUUACUUAUUUGGGAGAAACCCUGAUUUGUGUGACUUUACCAUUGACCAUCAAUCUUGCUCUCGGGUCCAUGCUGCAUUGGUCUACCACAAGCAUCUGAAGAGAGUUUUCCUGAUAGAUCUCAACAGUACACAUGGCACUUUCUUAGGUCACAUUCGGUUGGAACCUCACAAGCCACAACAAAUUCCCAUCGAUUCCACAGUCUCAUUUGGCGCUUCCACAAGGGCAUACACUCUGCGCGAGAAGCCUCAGACGUUGCCAUCAGCUGUGAAAGGAGAUGAAAAGAUGAGUGGAGAGGAUGAUGAACUCAAGGGCCUGUUGGGGCUUCCAGAGGAAGAAACUGAGCUUGAUAAUCUGACAGAGUUCAACACUGCCCACAACAAACGGAUUUCUACCCUCACCAUUGAGGAAGGAAAUCUGGACAUUCAGAGACCAAAGAGGAAGAGGAAGAACUCACGGGUGACUUUCAGCGAAGAUGAUGAGAUCAUCAACCCAGAGGAUGUGGAUCCCUCAGUUGGUCGCUUCCGGAACAUGGUGCAAACUGCAGUAGUCCCAGUAAAGAAGAAGCGGGUGGAGGGCCCUGGCUCCCUGGGCCUGGAGGAAUCAGGGAGCAGGCGCAUGCAGAACUUUGCCUUCAGUGGAGGACUCUACGGGGGCCUGCCCCCCACACACAGUGAAGCAGGCUCCCAGCCGCAUGGCAUUCAUGGGACAGCACUCAUCGGUGGCUUGCCCAUGCCAUACCCGAACCUCGCCCCUGAUGUGGACUUGACUCCCGUCGUACCAUCAGCAGUGAACAUGAACCCCACACCAAAUCCUGCAGUCUAUAACCCUGAAGCUGUUAAUGAACCCAAGAAGAAGAAAUAUGCAAAAGAGGCUUGGCCGGGCAAGAAGCCCACGCCUUCCUUACUGAUUUGAUAUUUUUGGUCAUGGAGAAGGGUGGGAUUGGGUGGGAAUGGGGUGGAAGGGUGAUGGGGCACUAAUGAACUAGGGAGAAAAACGUUCCAUGUGUGCAGUAUCGUCUUUCAGAAUGUCUCCUGGGGUCCUAACCAUGUAAUAUUAAGACUGGGGGUGGGGCUCAAAUAUACCAUAAAGACCUGUAUUCAGAACACUUUCUAUGUAGAGAAAGGUUUCAUAGGUCCUUUAAGUAGACUGCCCUGGCUCUUUCCCAGGCCUUUUAUUGCCUCUUUCUUCCUUCUCCUUUCUAGGAUCAUUUUUAUGUGAUGUCACAUAACCUAGGUUGAAUCCAGAGCUGUGGAGGUAGCAGUAGCCUCACCAGUCUCCGGGUCCCCACAGCCUCAUUUAUAUUUACUGUCUUUGCAAGUCCCAGGUAGCAAAAGGGUUGCCAUGGAUCCCAGGAUGAUCAAAAAGGUUUAGUAUUCUUCGGUUAAGCUAAAGUUUAAACUCAGAAGUGUUUUCUUGGGUCUUUGGUUUUGAGGUCCAAUGGUUAGGCUUUUCUCUUCGAUCCUUUCUGUUGGAAUGAGACUCCCCUUUGUCUGUGACCAGUGCCAGAGGCACAGGUUUAUAGUUUUAACUUAUAGUAUUGUGUGAACUUUUCUUGUCAAACCUGAGCACUCCAGUUGCCUAUGUUUCUCAUUUAUUUUCAGAGUACUGUCCUCUACUCUCCAAGGCAUUACUUUUCUUUUUGAGUGUGUUAUGAGGCAAUUUUUAAAGGAUAUGAUUAGUUAGGGCAAGUAAGAUUAAAAAUGAAAAGAUUUACUUUGCAAGUAACUGAAGUCUAUUAAGAGGACGUUUUUAGCUGUUGGUUUGGAGGCUCCCCCCCCCCCCCCCCCCUCCCGUUUGAGAGCUCUGGUUGCUCAGAGCAAGACUAGACCUGGCUAACAAACAGGAGACAAAGGUAGGAAACAUUGAUAUGAGCUUUGUACAGAGAUUUGUACAUUUGUGUAAUAGGCCUUUUCACGCUUUAUGUGUAGCUUUUUACCUGUAACCUUUAUUACAUUGUAAAUUAAAUGUAACUUUUGUCAUUCUGGUGCA